CACCCAUCGUGCCAACUUGGCAUAUCAUAGGAUUUCCUUCAUAUCCAGACGGUCACCGGUCUACAUUGAACAACGGAUAUCGACAGAUUAUUCUUAGACACCUUCUAUCAAGUUGGUUGCAUGGUAUCCAAGCCGAUUGGUUGAUUCUCCGAAGCAUUUCUACGUGAGAUGCGAACGGAGUGGGAGCCGCAGUGCGCGAUCAGGGACGUUAUUCGAAAUUCUCAACAGCCAGUUGCUGCACAGUGGUGCACACUUUUCGCACAUGUAUUCCAACCGGGAGCUGUAGGCAAUAUAUAGAGCAACCUAAAACACUAGAGUGGAGAACAUGGGUUCACAUUUCUCUUCCUCAUCGCGCCUCAUCGCGCCCAACGAGCUCCUGUACUCAUAAUUCAAAUAUGUUAACAGGGCGGAAACCAAAUUUCCGCAACUUCUAACAGGUGGCAGUAUUUAAAUUGCCGACUCGGUUGCCACCCCAACGAUCGGCCUUUCGAGAAUCAUGGCAUUUAGUGUGCUUCUCGUUUCGUUGCCGCCCUCCUUACGUCCAGUCCAGAGCAAUAAUUUUUCCCAUAUGCUUCAGUCAUUUUCGUUCAUCUCUACGUUUAAGUUUUUGUGGAGCAGCUAGCUGCGACGCGCUUCGCUUUAGUGCCUUCCAACUCUCCGGACGACGCCCUGGCCUUUCCCUUCGACACACUUUCCUUUUCAUCGGGCUAGUACUGCUCGCUCACGCUCAUUCAUCCAGGCAAUGACAAGCUCACUGUCGUCGAUUUUCCACCUUCAUUUCCUCCCCUCAAUGACACUACUCCAGCUCGCAGUAGCAAGUUCUGGGUCACCUUCUCCGCUUCUUGGUCCUCUUCCAUUAAUCCACCUCGCGUCACGCGCAAGCCCCAUCCUGAACAACCAUACAGGUCAACUCGAGGCAUUUAACCCAAUAACCCAGCAACUUAUCCCGCAAGGUCCUGCAACGGACGCUGGUGGGCAGGACUUCGAUGGGCCGGCGAUCCUCUGGAUCAUAUUCGCCUUUGUCAUUGGCUCUCCCAUGGCUUUCGCUGGUAUCCGUGGCUGGCGACUCACGACUGGCGUCGGGCUUGGGUUGGCUGCUACCGUCUGUUCAUGGGCAGCCCUCGUCAACACCAUGGGACCUACAGGCAUCAGUGACCUCUUCAUUCUAGUCACCGUUCUUGGUUUCUUCGUCUUUGGGUUUAUAUUCGGUCUACUGGAGAUCGGGCGCCGGAGCGGUUUUGUCAUGGUUGGCAUCACUGGAGGCUUAGCAUUCGGAAUCCGGAUUUUCAUUUUGAAGGCUGAUCUGCUGCUUCCCGUGAGCAAUGCCUAUGGAGCGAUUUGGGCCAUCAUUGCGCUUAUGGGCGCGAUAAAUGGUAUGCUGUUGGUGUUCAAGAAGACUGAGCGAGGUGGUCUGCUCUUCGCUUGUGCAUCAAUAGGCACAUUUUUAACUUUCCUUGGUGUUGACCUGGUCUUGAACCGACAGGUUGGGAUGAGUAGAGGGCUUCGCUUUCUUUUUGACCGUAACUCGUCGCAUAUUGUCGACAUCAUCUCGAACGGCUACAGCCCAUCAUUGUUGACACAGAUCCUCUUAGCGGUUUCUUUGGGCCUUACGCAAUUCGAUGUGCAGCGAUGUUGUUACAUGAUCCAACAUUGA